UUUCUAUCAGUUUUAUAACUGCGUAAAAAAACAAUGUGCAAUUCUGAUGAUUACUUGAAAGUUUACCAACAGAUUACAUCAAGAUUGAAAAACAGGAACUUUUUCAAAAAGGCAAGCCCUUCCGAGAGUAUCAAAUCCUACAAUAACCUUCUUAACACGCUGGUUGAUAAUGGUGAGUAUGAAUAUUCCGGUUUGGUAACUGUUGCUCUCGCCAAGUGUGAGGCUCAAGAAAAAAAUUCUGUAAUGGAGGCCAGCUAUUAUUGUCGCGCUGCUCGUUUUUUUUUUCGGCAUCAACGUCAACUCGACGACGUGAAGUCUCCAUCAUACAGCGAAUGCGGCGAGCUGGGUAUAAAAUGUCUGUCAGUUGCCAUUCAAAUGUAUUUGGAAAUGAAUCAGCCUUCAAUGGCCGCGUCUCUCUAUUACGAACUAGCCUACUUUGAGCUAGAGACCAAUCGCGUGGCAGAAGCAUCGCAGCAUUUCAUACGUGCGGCAACGUUGCAGCAGAAUAAAGACGCUGCCAUGUUUUCUAUUUUAUCUUUGAAAAAAAGCCUAGAAUGCGACAUUCGAGAGAAAAGUUUUGAACAUGCUACUCAGCUGCUUCAAUGGAUUAUAAAGCUUGCUGUGGAGCAAUCUACCCUCAACGAAGACGUACUCUGUACUGAUAUCAAAAUAGAAUGUUUAAUUUCCAUGAUUCUUAUCGCGAUAUUACAGAAAGAUUAUUCGCAGGCUCGUUUGCUCAAUGAGCACGCGCAAAAAGAGUACUACAGAACACAGAAUUUUGAAGGGAUAGAGGAGAUUAGCCGAGGCUAUCUCGGAAGACGUCAUGGCCGAACGCAUAAUGCUGGUAUAUUGACAUUGUACAAUGACAUGCAUUUUAUGAACCAGCAGUUUUUUGAUCUUAUAGAAUAUCUGAUCUAUGCGGUCGAAUGGUCUAUUGAAAAAGAGGUGAUUCAAGUUCGGGAUGAGCUUUGCGAAGUUUUGACACCUAUUCAGAAAGAGCUCUUGAGGUGCAUCAGUCAGCAGGUAUUUAUGACAUUCAAUUGAAAGUCUUUCAUUAUAGAGAGGCGAACGGGCGAGAAAAAAAAUUGUUUUAUACGAUAGGUUUAAAAAAAUUAGGCAGUUAGAGUCAAUAACAAUCAUGACGGACCCGGGAUCAAGGGAGGAAUCGGAGAUUGAAAGAGAAAAAAAAGAGCUGGAGGAAACGUUGAGACGAAGCAAGCGGAAGCGAAAGGAGUAUGAGGGCCUGAAGAGGUGUGCUGAUACAUCGUCUCUCUGGUUGUCGGCAAAUUCGCAAAAUUCCAAUGAUUUUUUGAAAAGAGCAUAUCGGUUUUUGAGAAAUGAAGAGGACGACACGGACGCGGAUUCGUGGGAAAGGGAAGUGGCUAAAAAGUACUAUGACAAACUGUACAAGGAAUACGCGCUCGCAGACAUGAGCCGAUAUAAAGAGGGAAAGCCGCGAUAGCUAGGGCUUCGGUGGAGAGUUGAGAAAGAGGUGCUCGCAGGUAAAGGAGAGACGAUAUGUGGAAACAAGGCAUGUGAUUCUAGAGACAACUUGCAGAGCUAUGAGGUGCCGUUCAGGUAUAAAGAACGAGGAGAGAUGAACAUGGCAUUGGUUAAGUUGAGGGUGUGUGCGUCAUGUGCGAAUAAGUUGAAAUAUCGGUAUUUGAGGGAGCAUGACAAAAAGCAGGAUAGUGAAGGAUCGCCUCAUGAAGAAGAGGCUGGAAGGUAGGUCUGAUAUGGAUUUGAUGUUUCUGAGUGCACGGGGGUCUAUCUUUGAAGAGAUUCUGUGUAUGUCAUGAUUGUUCGUGUCUUUCAAUAUAAAUGAAAAUGCAUUCAUUUUUUUGUUGGGGUUGUUUAGUUAGACAUCCCCCUUUUGGUUAGACUCCAGUUAGAGAUAUCUAGUGGUUAUUUUUCAUGUGUUCUUCGUACAUUGCGCGUCAUAGGCUGGGACCUCUUGGCGAGGACACUCAAGAAGAACGCAAAAUUCGACAAAGCUAUGAAGCCUUCAUCAGAAAUGCAGGGCUGCGCCUUCGAUUAUAUCCUUGCCAUUUUUUUUUUGAAUGAUUAAACACACACGCGUGAAAUCCUUGACUCUUAGUUGUACACCUAGGAUGACCAUAUCUGUUGCUAUUAUGUAUCUUCACAUAUUUUUUGCUCGAUAUUCUAUGGGUCGCAUUGAUCAACCCGGCAUUUUAGCGCAGGCGUUGUUGUACCUUGCUUGCAAGUCGGAAGAGACCGAGAGGUAUUUGCGAGACAUCAUAACGGUGGAGCACGCGAUUCUGUAUCCUGGACAUGUGUUGCAUUUGAACGAAGAGUAUUCGGCGAUUCGAAACUUGAUCGUUAUGAACGAGCAAUUGAUUUUGCGAUUUUUGGGUUUUGAUUUGAACGUGGAGUUGCCGUAUCUUUACAUGUACAAUUAUUUGUACUCGAUGAAGGCGAGCAGGGGGCUGGCCGGGGUGGCGACUGGGAUCUUGAACGAUAUGUUUUCGACGCUAUUGGUGAUCAAGUAUGCACCUCCGGAGUUGGCGUGUGGGGCCAUUUAUUUCGCCACGAAGUUGUUGUCGUCGCGGUAUUUCCUCCCGAUGGAAGAGGAGCAGGAGUUGGAGCACAUGAUUCCGGAGUUGCUUCGAAUGGACCGGUCUGGCGUACUGAUGCAUCAGUGGUUUUUGACAUUGGACGUGACGUUGGAGAGCGUUUUGGAGAUAUCGGAGAGAUUAAUUGAGAUGUAUUCUUGGCCGUAUUAUGGGAUUUCGGACACGUUCAAGAGGAAGAAGGAGGAGGGCGAGUUGAAUUAGAGUUCGGUGGUGAUUGGAAGAAGGGGGUGCGGCGAACAUUUGCGUUUGGGGUUUUGGGGGAAGAGGGGAGAAGGUGUCGGUACAUAAGAGAGAGGUCAGUAGAGGAGUGUUAGUUGAAAAAAAA